GGAUGUUAAUGUGUACCAAUUCCGCUCUUCGGGAAAAAAAUGGGGAAAUUACUUUGUGAUUCAACAACCAUUGCGGAGACUUUUCAAACUUCAUCACCGACCGUGUCAUGGAGGGAACCACAGUCACCGGAUUUAGAGGCCGUGGAUCUCGUUGACCAGACAGAGGCAACAACUAUCGCGGCAGCAACGUGGGACGAUGUGGUUGGGCUCGAGGACCAGCAGAGACGGCACCUACAGAAGCUCCAUGCCAAGGGAGUUCUCUGGAAGCAGCCCGGGGAUCACGGCUCCGUGGUCGUGUUCCGGCUGUCGCAUGGAGGUGAGGUUUCGCCGGAUGGGAACUGCCUGUUCACCGCGUCGCAGAGGGCUAUGGCGCAUGAGAUUGACGCGCGGGAGCUCCGGAGGCGGGCGGUGAAGCUGUUCGUGGAGGACCUUGGAUCUGCUAUCGAGGAUGAGAGAGAGUCGAUAAACAAUGUAAUUAGGCAUAUGUACUCGCCGGAUCUGAGGAGCGGAUGGCGUGUUCAUGUGGUUCAAGAGGUUAAGUUGUUGGCCAAGAAGGAGGAUCGCAUAGCCUUGGACUCGACCAUUGACGAACUCGUUCAGCUAGGAAUGCAGAGGUAAUUUUUUUUAGAUCAUAACUUUCUUGGAUCUGCGCAUUUGAUUAUGGGUCAAGGGUUUAGAUAAUUUUGUAAUGAAUGUUCGUUUGGUUC